AUGGAUGCGCAGAAUGCUGCCGAGUCGGACCAGACGAGGCCUGCUGGCGCUUCCUCUCAGCAGCGGCCAGCCUCUGAGGCUGAAAACAAACCCGAGGCCGCUGUGAAGACCGAAUCACCAGGGAAGGAUCCAAAGUCUAAGACUGCCGCCGCCGACGAGACCUCCUCGUCGACUGCACGCCCAGACGAUGCACCGGAAGACCGCGACUCGGACGCCGAGACAAUCGUGUUGCCGGGCAAAGAUGGCCACUCACCAUCAAAAGCCCGGAAAGUUAGGCAGGAGGACAAGAGCGAGAGCGAUGGUGAUGCUGCCAAAGGCAAACCCGCCAACGGAAAUGGCAAACACUCCCAUGAAGCUGACCGGGCUGCAACCUCCGCAUCUGGCAACCGGCUCGUCGAAGGUGCAAGGAAGAAACGCCCAUCAGUCUCCGCUGAAUCUUCCCUCGACAAGGACCGUCGGUAUCGCGCCAAGGAAGCUGCUUCCAGCGGUUUGAGCUCUGCCCCGACCUCCCCUCCUCAUAAUCAACAAAAUCAACAUCACCACCCUAGUCGACGGCGGCGUUCUGACGCUGCCGCUGCCGCUGCCGCUGCCGUUUCUUCACAAUCAGAUUCUGAACACUCUCACAAAACAUCUUCAAAGUCAUCUCUACGCGAAAAACUCAAGUCAGGUGAACGUCUAGUGCCGCACAAACGCAAAGCCCCGAAGGUCGAGUCUGACGAAGAGGCCGAUCUUCGCAAGGCGCGUCGUCAACGUACCACAAGUGCUGGUCUCGAUAGUGGUCGACAUAGGGAUCCCAGAUCGUCCCAUUCAAAGCAUGACGGCAGAAAUCGAUCCGCUUCGCCUCCACCUCGACAACAUCGACGAAGCAUAUCCACACAACUGCCGUCACAGUCAUCAAACGGCUUGGGUACCAAGAAGCGACGACUGCCUCCACCUCUACAAUCUACAGACUACCAAUCGGACGACUCGUCCACUGGCGGUAGUCCUCAUCCUCGCAGCUCCAAACUACGCAGUCUCGCCACUCCAGCUUCAGCGGAAGCCAAUGUCUCGCCUGCCAAGAUGGGACCGCACAAGAAGCACCUGGACGCUCACGGGCAGACUUUACUAGCGCGUGCCUGUGCCCGUGGAGAGUACGAUGGGGCAAAGCAAAGGUUGCAUGAACGGCCAGAAGAUUUGAAUGUGGCCGACUACGCUGGUAAUACUCCACUUCAGAUUGCCGCAAUUAAUGGCUGUGAGGACAUCGUGAAGCUCCUGAUCGACGCUGGAUGUAAUUUGGACUGUGUCAACUACGACAAGGACACUCCUUUACUAGAUGCGGUUGAUAACGGUCACCUGGGCGUAGUGAAGCUGCUUCUCGAUGCAGGUGUCAACCCUCGGAAGGCCAAUGUAAAUGGAGAGGAGCCCAUCGAUCGUGUCAGCGACGAUACCGACAACGCCGAGGAAAUCCGUGCCGCGCUUUCGGAAGCCAAGAAACGACAGGGUGACAGACGGAGAACCUCUGAAGAUCGGCAUUCACAUACGGAUCCCCACGACGCCCGUGACUCUCACGCCCCCGACAGCCCACGGCACUCUCCAGCUGCCACAACCUCAGCUGCCACAAGCCGUCGAAGCGGCACCGUUCGCUCCACCAAGACCAGGAAUGAUUUGCUGUACAUGCCCUUGGACGACAAAACACUACGACAAGCCGCCGGUCGCGGUGAUGAGGAAACCGUCGCCCGCAUCCUGCAAGUAAAAGAAGGAUAUGAUGACCCUGAAUCGAUGGUAGCUGCAGCCAGAGGGGGCCAUGAUUUGGUCAUUCAGCUCUUGCUGGGCCUAGGCGGUGCAAACGCAGACCCAGGCCCUGUUGCCUCGCUUCCUGCCGAGUUUGCCACGCCUAUCCUAGCAGCUAUUGGACAGGAAAAUAUUAAGGUAGUAGAGUUACUUUUAGAACAGCAAGGUUUCGAUCCCACGCGGCGUUUCAAGGGAGAAACUUAUUACGAAAUUGCCCGAAGACGACAGGGCACGAACUGGAAAGACGAAGAGACUAAGCUCAAGGAAGCAUAUGACGAAUAUAAACGAUCUCACAAAGAUAGUCUUAAAACGAAAUCUCCAGGGGGUCGCCGCGACAAGUUCUCAAGGCGGGAUGAUGCCAAGGAAGAAUCGAAGUCCAGCAGGCGACGAAUGUCAAGCCCGUCUCGAGAUGUAGAACUAAAGAAAAGGCCGUCAAAAUUGGUCAGCCCCCGGGAUAAGAGACGCUCCAAUUCUAUCAACAAUAGGGGAGAUGAGGAAUUCCAAAAGAAAGGACCUGGUCGACCAAAAAAGGAGCAUUCGGCAAUUUCAGACCGUGAGCUGUCUCCCGCAGUGUCUCACAAGGGCCACAAGGCGAAACGGGCUGAGUCAGACGUUGCUGCUCUGUCUUCAGAAGGAGAAGCAGCUAAACCAAGACGAAAGCUUGUUUCCAAGGGUGAACUCCGUGGGGAACGGGAUAAGCAUAAGCGAAUUUCGUCACAAAACGAACCUUCUAGCCCACGAGAUUCUAGAAGCGACGAUGCACCCGAGAAGACGAGACUUUCGGAGAAAUACCACGACCGUGCCAAAGCGCUUAAACGCGAUGAAUCACGAGAUCGACCGUCAGGCGAUGGCUCGACAAAGAGGCAUCGUACAAGUGUAACACCGGAUCGCCCAAGCGAUGUCGACAAAGAUGGUAACGAGAUUCCCGUCAAAAGACGCCGCCUGGACGCCGAGGGUCAGGAACCCCGCCAGAAACGAGUAUUCUCCGAAGAUGGUCGACCUCGCAAAUCUAGCUCAUCUCGCGACGCAUCCUCCAAGGCGUCGUCCACGUCUGGGCAGAAGGAACGCAACGAUGGCAAGAAGCGUGAUGUGGAUUCCAGGGCUUCCGGCCAGCCGGCUUCUGGCGAAAAGUCUAUACACGUUAAGUCCGAAGAUAUAGAUGUACCCAUGCCAGAUUUGGAACCUGCCAAGGAUACCGAAUCUCUGCAAUCGGAUGUCGCAAAACAAGUAGAAGAAGCAGAGCAAGCCAGGCUGAAGAAGGAAGCUGAGGAAGAAGCCGCCAGAAAGAAGAAGGAGGAAGAGAAAGAGGAGGAAGAAAGAAAGCGUAUUGAGGCAGAAGAGAGUAAGAAACGAGAAGAAGAAGCUGCUCGGAAGGCCGAGGAAGAAAAGAAACGCCAGGAAGAAGAGGAAGCCAGGAAGCGCAAGGCGCAGGAAGAACGUGAACGUCGUGAGGCGGCCCAACGCGAAGAGGAAGAGAAAAGGAAGCGACUGGAAGAGGAGAAGAGGAAGAAAGAGGAGGAGGAGCGGAGGCAGCGCGAGGAAGACGAGCGACUCCACAGAGAACAGUUGGAACGCGAAGCCGCCGAAGCAGCCCGGCGUCAACGCGAAGAAGAGGAGCGGAAAGAGCGCGAGCGUCGUGAGCGUGCCCAUCGAGAAGAGAUGGAACGGAAGCGGGCUGCGCGGGAGGCGGAGCAGAGGCGCAUUCGCGAGGAACAGGAACGUGCUCGGCUUGAGAAGCUCCCUCCUCUCCUCCGCUGGCUGGACAUGCAUCCCGGACCAAAGACCGGCGCCAUUGCCGAACAUUUCAAGCAUAUGUUGGGAGUACGAUAUGAUACGAUCCGACCAGCAGCAACAGGGACUGUUGAGGGUCGUGAGCAGUGGCUUCUUAACACAAACGUGGCUCUUCUUUUGGGCGAGAAAGACCUCGACCUGUCAAGAUAUACUGCAUGGGAACGAGCGCCCGUGAACCGUCUGGCCAAAAUCACAAUUUGGCGGACUGAGUGGCCUCGAUAUUCCUUGCUGUCAGAAAAGUUGUGGGAUCUUGGUCGGCAACUUCCUGGCUACUAUGGUGAGGCCGACCCUUCGAACCUGGACUUUUACACCAAGCAACAGUUGAAGACAGCUGCAUGGGAGAAAUUUGCAGCUUUGGACAUGUUCUUCGUCAAGCUCUCCGAUUUCCUAUAUACUGUGCCAAACAUUCCGCAUCUUAGGAACUUGCGGAUCGCGGUGGAGUAUCGCGAGUUACUGGAGAAUGAAUCUCAACUUAUCGGAUGGAAAUCGACUCAAAAGUGGAAACAAGAUCCUGGCACUGAGAGGUUUCACGGCUUUGCGCCCCGUAAUAAGUAUUAUGUGAAUGGGUUGUCUGUUGGCGAAGAUUUGCCAACAACCCACCAAACCAGCAAGACACCUUUCCCGGAGAAACGUGUGCCUCGACGGGGCUUGGUGCAAGUCUUCCCCGACGACCCUGAUUAUGAACGAAUAUGCUUGGAGCAGGGCCUGGAGCCCUUGGUUAAGGGUCUGCAGACACCUUCACUCCCAAACGGCGUGCAUUCGUCACCAACCAUGCAGACAAUGGUGACACCGUCUAAACCAUCCAUCAAUGGCACGAAUGGACACGCCAAUGGGACGAAACUCAACGGCAUCCAUGGCAACUCUGCUUAA